CCGUGCCAUUUUCGUGGUCUGUCAAAAACAUGAAAAUCUUCUGCACAUAACGCAAAAGCAUCGUUGGUGCGUUUUCACAUUUUGUUAUUGUUUUUGUGGCCAUCGAAUCCAAGUAAUUGCCUUUGCCGAGAACUUGGAGGUUAAAACUGAGCUUGAAAUUUCCACUUAGCGAGGCAAUGAUGGGUUCGAAUAAAAGUGAUCCGUUGCAACAGCAAGGCAAUGGAAGCAGCAGCACCACAAAAAGUAACAACAGUGGAAAAGCUUACGGAAAAAUAGUGUUGACAUUGAAGAAUCAACUGUUGCCUGAGGAGAAAUUGGCAUCAACACCGUCGCAAAUCGAUGGUCUUGAUGCUGAUACUGAAACAGAUCUUAGAAUCUAUGGCUGUGAGCUGAUUCAAACUGCAGGGAUUUUAUUGAAACUUCCCCAGGUGGCUAUGGCUACAGGGCAAGUUUUAUUGCAAAGGUUUUAUUAUUCGAAAAGUUUAGUGAGGCACCCAGUGGAGCACACAGCAAUGGCAUGUGUCUGUUUAGCCUCUAAGAUUGAGGAAGCUCCACGUAGAGCAAGAGAUGUUAUCAAUGUUUUCACCCAUAUUAGACAAAUCAGUUCAAACAAACCCAUAACGCCAGUAAUUUUGGACCAGAAUUACAUCCAGCUAAAGAAUCAGGUGAUCAAAGCUGAGAGGAGAGUCCUAAAGGAAUUAGGAUUUUGUGUGCACAUCAAGCAUCCUCAUAAAAUCAUAGUUAUGUAUCUUCAAGUGCUUGCCUUAGAGCAAAAUCCAAAUCUGAUGCAAUAUUCUUGGAAUUACAUGAAUGACUCACUUAGGACUGACGUUUUUGUUCGAUACCAGCCUGAAACUGUAGCUUGUGCUUGCAUCUACCUCACCGCUAGGAAAUUGAAACUUCCAUUGCCCAAAAAUCCAAACUGGUACUCGCUGUUUGGAGUUACAGAACCAGAUAUAAGAGAUGUUUGUGUGCGAAUUUUACGAUUAUAUAAUAGACCCAAGCCUAAUGUAGAUGAAUUAGAGAAAAAUGUCGAUGAACUAUGUAAGAAAUAUCAGGACGCUAAAAUUAAAGCCAAAGGAAACUCUGGAAGUAAUACGCCAAAUAAUAAUAGUCCUUCGAGUCCGCAGAAUGUGCAGAAAACGACUGGCGCUCACAACGCCUGGGGAGGAUUUAUAAGUCGAUCCGGGAGUCACAUAGUUCCCACCAUAAAUAAUGAGAAACGGUCGAGGUCCAGGACUCGAUCACCAAGUCAUUCACCCGCUUCUAAACAUCAUAAGAGGUCCAAGAAACAUGGUAAAUCACGAAGCAGAUCUCCGCAGGUUAUCAGGAAAAAGGGUCACAAAAGAAGAUCUUAUUCAAGGUCCAGGUCAACUUCCCCACAUAAAACUUCUAGGAAAUCGAGAGAUAAAAGGAAAUCGCGUUCGCCUAGUAAUGAACGAUACAUCGACAGGUACGAAAAAUACGAGAAUAAAGAAAGGUAUGAAAGAUACGAGAAGGAGCGGUAUGAUGAUAAGGAAAGAAAAGAUAAGAAGUACGAGAGGGAGGAAAAAGAGAGGUACAGACGCGGGAAACACAGGGACGAGGACAAAGAGAGGGACCGCAAAGAAGACAGGAGCAAAGAUCGAAGAAGAUAGGAGCGGUGUGAUCGCCAUGUAAAUA